UGGCCGAGGCCAGUGACGUAGCCGGUGUCGGUUAAGCAGCGCGAGCUGUCUCCAUUGGCCCCGCCCCCGGGACAUGCUGAGCUGAGCAGCCUGCUCUCCCUGUCACUGCGCACACCAUGCUGCGGGCUUGCAGGAAGGCCCGGGCGGCGGCCCUGGCUAAGGAAUGCCUUUGUGCCAAAACAUCUCUCAGACGCAUACGUCCAUCAAGAGCCUACUCCACCAGCGAAUCAUCUGGAUCAUCUGCUGUUAAAAUCAUUGCUGCCAGCCUCCUUUUCACAGGAGGUGGGAUUGGGGGCACAGUUCUUUAUGCCAGCUGGGAUCCCCGAUUUCGAGACAAUGUGGAAAAGUCUAUACCUUACUCGGAGAAACUUUUUGACUUUGCACUUGGACCUGCACAGAACACCUUGCCUGUUUCAAAGAGACCAGUAUCAUCUGGACCGUUAAAGCUUUCUUCUGUGACUGAAGCUAUGAAGGAAUCCAAUCAGCGGAAAGAGAAGGCCGCAGCUCCCUCCAGUGGCGACGCUGAAGCUUCAUCGCAUGUAGCCCAAAUACUGUCUGCCACCGGCGAAGCAGUCUCUGUACCAGCAGCAGUGGUGUAUGAGGAAGUAGUUAGCAAAGCUCCAGAAUCCACAGAUCAGAAGGCAGACCACCAUGCUGGAGAGCAUUGUAAGGAGUGCGAGCAUGAGGACUCUCACGCCUUGAAGGAACGGCCGGCAGAGGAAGUGGCCGCUCGGCUGGUGGAGCAAGAAAAAGAAGAAAAACACAGGAUUGAGUCUAUAGCAGCACUGCUAGAAGACUCCCUGAGCAGUACUGCCCGGGUGACCUUACAGGCCAUCAACACACAGGAGUCUGCAGUUCAGGCUAUCAAUUUCCAUGCUCAGAAACUGAAAGAGGCUAUGGACGACUCCCAGAUCCCGUCAGAAAACAAAUCCUUGCAGUGGCGUGAGCUGGAAGAUGCAUUAAAGGUGCGAAGCAAGGCUGUGGAUGAGGCCGCGGACUCCCUUCUAAAAGCAAAGGAGGAGCUGGAGCGGAUGAAGCGUGUGAUUGAUGACUCCAAGAAAAAUGCCAUCAGUGGAAGCAAAGCUCAUAUCACAGCUGCGGAGGAGAACCUGCAUCGCAUGAUCGUAGAUCUAGAUAAUGUUGUGAAAAAGGUGCAAGCCGCUCAGUCUGAAGCCAAGGUGGUAGCCCAGUACCAUGAACUGGUUGCAGUGGCAAGGGAGGAUUUCCAGAAGGAGCUGGACAGUAUUACUCCAGAAGUACAGUCAGGCUGGAAAGGAUUAAAAGUGUCUGAUUUAGCUGGCAAGCUGAGCAUGGACGACCUGAACUCUCUCAUCGCUCAUGCACACCGGCGCAUUGACCAGCUACACAAGCAGCUGGCAGAAUACAGAGUCCGCGAACAGCAGCACAUCGAGGCAGCCCUGGAGAAUCAGAAGCUGGAGGAUAAAAAAGCCCUAGAAACUGCAGUCACUAAGGCUCUAGAACACUACCGGUCUGAGAUUCAACUGGAGCAGGACAAGAAGGUUGAAGAGGUGCGGGACGUGAUGGAAGCAGAGAUGAGGACCCAGCUACGCAGACAGGCUGCUGCACACACUGACCAUCUGAGAGAUGUUCUCACAGUCCAGGAACAGGAGUUGAAAGCCGAGUUCAACCAUUCACUAUCUGAGAAGCUCUCAGAGCAAGAUAUGCAGUUCAGACGUCUCUCCCAGGAGCAGGUAGAUGCCUUCACAUUGGAUAUUAACACAGCCUAUGCACGUCUCAAAGGCAUUGAACAGGCUGUGGAAGGACAUGCAGCUGCUGAAGAAGAAGCUAGAAGAGCCCACCAUUUGUGGUUGUCCAUCGAAGCCCUAAAGUUUAGCCUGAAAACUGCCUCUGGUGACAGCCCAACUGAACCCCUGGAGAGUGCAGUUCAGGGAAUUAAAGCUAGCUGCUCCAAAAAUGAAUUUACCGAGGCUCUGACUACAGCCCUCCCAGAGGAGUCGCUACACCGCGGUGUGUACAGCGAGGAGGCGCUCAGAGCCCGUUUUUAUGCCGUCCGUAACCUAGCCCGCAGGGUAGCCCUCAUCGAUGAAACCAGAAACAGUCUGUACCAAUACUUUCUCUCCUACCUGCAAUCCUUUCUUAUUUUUGAACCGAAACAUCUGAAGCCCCCCAGCGAGCUGAGCUCUGAAGACCUAGAUACAUUCAAACUGCUUUCCUACGCCUCUUACUGCAUUGAACAUGGGGAUCUGGAGCUGGCCGCAAAGUUUGUAAACCAGCUGAAAGGAGAGUCGAGAAGAGUGGCCCACGAUUGGUUAACUGAAGCUCGAGUAACCUUGGAAACCAAACAGGUCAUAGAUAUCUUGUCUGCCUAUGCCAGCGCUGUGGGUCUAGGAACAACGCAAGUACAGUAACUUAGUGAGAAGGGAAAUUUAAGGAAAGGUGCAUCAGUGUUGAGAAUUUCCUUUCCCACCGUGCAAAAAUAAAUCUAAUUUAAGUUUAUAUUGUUUGGAGUCUGUAACCCAGUGAAAUCACAAUACAGUUUUGUUGCACUCCAUAAACGUGUUCCAGGCAGAGAUACUAUAUUUGUGAUGGUCAGCUUUUGACACGCUGGUUGUUGAGGAUAUUGGAUUCUGUGUUUGUCAGCCUGUCAAAUCCAGGCCAGAUGAGUUGAGACUCUUUUACACAUGCUUAAAAAACUAUAGUUAAAACUAGCUUGUAAGAACUGCCAAAACGUAUUUCUAAAAGAAGACUAAAGGCUGGUGAAGAAUAAUCCUCCAUAGCUAGUGUGUGAAACGUUAACUGUCACUGCACUAUAUAGUUUAAACUCCUUUAUCAAUACUGCAACCCCCAGCAAUGUCUCUCUACCCCCCAUCCCCUUAUAAUCUCAUAUUUUUAAGUUUUCAGGUUUUACUGAUCCAAGCUGAUAAAAAGAAAUCAUUUGUUGUCCUGAAUUCUACCCUGGAUCACAUGAAUAAACAGAAAUCAUAUCCUCUUGA